UAACACUAUCAAGAACAAUAUAUUAGGGUUAUCAACCUACUCGGACCUUAACAACGACAAAGUUACUCUAGGAUUAGUUCCAAGCGUCCCUAACGGCGAUAGUACUACUUCAUAUCUAUUCGGCUUUUGUUGCAGGAGUCAUACGUUCUAGUUCACAUCCUCGAGUAACCUAGACAACUCUGAGCUCCGAGCAUUCAGGAACUCGACCUUGAUGUUUACUACUCAUCGUACCGAUUAUAAAGCUUCAUGGCGCGUCACCCGACAGUCCCUUCGACUCCAGCCGUGGAAUUGUUCAACCGCAGAAGCCGAUAUUCUACGACAAACCCCUAUCUUUUCUGGGCCAGAACGUCGUCAAUUCAGUCCCUUCUCCAUCGAUGCACUCCCGAUUAUGGGCCGUCUCCUUUCGGAUUUUCCUGAACCUAAGAACCGAGCAGACUCUCCUUGGAAAAUGCCAUCAUUCGCGGUGGCAGUAGUUGGAUGGUACUGGGCCCGCAGAGCAUACAUGAUCUCAAAGUUGAGGGUCAUGAACAAGCUAGAGACCGUCGAGAAUUCGAGAUAUGCUCCUCGAGAUGAAUCUUUCAAGCUCACUAGGAAGAUUCUUCAUCCAUACUGGUGGCUAUACCUUGUUCUUGGAGUACAGCCAUUGAUCGCUGUCGCUGCUUUCUUUGCAAACCAUUUCUGGCUUGGUCGCGAUUGCGCCAUCACUGGUCCUAAGUCUCGGAACGUGGAUUUCGGGUCGAUGACAGAUGGCCCGACCAGCGUCUCGGUUGGAUGAACGGUUCGACUUUUGCCAAUGCAAAGGGACGGACGGAGGCUCCCGUUUAAACAUGGCAACAAGGGGGUUAUUGAGGUCUCUGCGAAGGUUGGAGUUUUAUUUACUUAUAUUAUUAAGACUCCAUUUGACGUAAUACUGCUUUCAUCGGUGUGCAAGAAA